AUGCCAAGGGGCUCUUUAAAUGGUGGAUUAAAGGCGGCAGACAUUCGACACAUCUUAAACGAGAAAUUCGUGAUUCUGACAGGCGGAAGAGAUCGCACCGGUCGACCCAUCGUCACUAUCCCGGCAAGGGAGAGCUUCGAGAAGAUGAACAUGGAGGACCUGCGCCUCGCGCUGAUGUAUCUUUUUUCUAUCCCGAGCGACGAGACGAAAGAGCUCGGCUUCGUUGUGCUGAUCGACAUGCGUCAGAAGGGGUCGUGGAAUUCUCUCAAGCCGGUGUUUCGGUGUCUGCAGGAGACGUUCAGCGACGAGAUUCACUGCGUGUACAUCGUGAAGCAGGACCGCUUCUGGGAGAAGCACAAAGUGAGCUCUGCGACGAACAGAUACAAAUUUCAGGUGCACUCGUUGUCGCUCGACGGUCUUUCAAAGUACAUCGAUCCGCUGCAACGCACUGCCGACUUCGAUGGCUCCUAUCAUUACGACCACGAGGAAUGGAUGAACCUGAGAAUGGCCCUCGAAAAUUUUAUAUGGCGUUCAAUGGACGUAUUACACGCGUUCGAUUCCAUCCAAAAGAUUGUACAGGAUACGAAUCUAACGAUGGACGUAGAACAGGCCCGGGCGGCCAUCGACGAACACAACAAGCUUAAAGCGAAGAUCAGCAAGGCGCCCAUCGAACAGCUAGAGCAGGAAGGAAACGCGCUGAUACAUCGGUUAACGGGGUCGAGCGAUGACGCCAGCGGGACAAACGGCGCUUCCGACUCUGAUUAUGGUUCUGGCGGACGAGACUCCCAGUGCAAUCCGGAUUUCACGUGUGCAGGACCGCACGUUUCCGCGCUGUUGAACAACCUGCGUACCACCCGCGAAAAUCUCUACUCCCUGUGGCAGAAGCGCAAAGUGCGACUAGACCAGUGCUUUCAGCUGAAACUGUUUGAGCAGGAUGCGGAAAAGAUGUUCCUGUGGAUUGGACAGAAUGCCGAACUUUUCAUGGCAAACUACACUGUGAUUGGCAACACGCAGGAAAGCGCGGUUGCCGCCCAACAAGAACACGAACAGUUCAACAGAAUUGCCAGGAAUACUUAUGUAAAUAUAAACCAUAUAAUGUCUGUUGCUCAGCGGCUUUUGGAAGUCGGUCAUUACGCAUCGGUCGAAAUUCGUUCAGUGGCCACGUGUCUGGAGAACGACUGGAAAUUGUUCAUCAACGCGCUCGAUCUGCGUUCGUCCUUGCUUAGUCUGUCGGUUCAAUUUCAUUACCGUGCGGGUCAGUAUCUUUCAAACGUCAAGGAGUGGACAGAAAAGUUCCGAGGCCCGCCCGAACUGCCGUGUGGAGUGAGUGCGUUAGAGACGGCGAUCAAAGAGCACCAACAGUUGAUGGACACCGUUACGCAGUUUUACAGCUCGGUGAUCAGAGACGGCAAGUCGCUGUUGCACAAGCUGAAAUCUCCACCGUCCUUAAAGAUUCACCAUUCUGACACUAUGCCGACGCCAAAUCAGUUUCCGGACUAUACUUCCAGCGCCAAGCAUAUUUUAGACGUUAUUCAGCAGCUGGUAUUGUGCCAGAGGCAACUUGAGCAGGACUGGCAACAGCGACGAAUACGACUGCAUCAGAAAUUGGCUUUGAUUUUAUUCCAGAUGGACGUUAAACAGGUGAGCCAUGCACUGGUGCUGUUUCUUGCUCAAAUCAUUCUGCUGGUACAUUGCUUGACCUGUGUUACGCAGGUGAUCGACUGGCUGAACAACCACGGCGAAAUGUUCCUCAAGAAGAACGUCGGCAUCGGCAGGACGUUGCAGCGCGCUCGUGCGUUGCAGCGAAGUCAGCAGCACUUCGAGAAUGUCGCCAAGAACACGUACACGAACGCAGAGAAAUUGUUGGCCGCCGCUGAGGAUUUGGCCGCCAGCGGAGAGUGCCAGCCUGACGAGAUCUGCCAAACCGCCCAACAGCUGCGCAACCGCAUAUCAGCUUUCGCGAAGCGUAUCAUGGAAUGGUUUGUCGAACUGGAGAGGCUUGACGGAAACAUCAGCAUCAUCGGCAGCACCGCCAGACACUGCGAGCAGAAUCUUGAGCAAUGGCUUCUAAGAACGGAUGCCACUCUUCAAGCAAUUUCUACGUCAGUCGGAGAAGGCCAGCAGUUGGUAUCGUUGUUGAGGCAACAGUCAGUAAUGGAAGGAACCGACAAUAACGAUAGCAUCCUGACCGUCGAAUCGAUGCUGAGAGGUAUCGACGAGCGACAGAAGCCAUUGAAAGACAAGUGGAAAUUGCAGCGGUUCCAACUGGACAUCGGCCUCCAGUUUCGCGUAUUCGAACAGGACUGUCUCUCAGUUAUAUCUCAGCUGGACGUGUGGAACGAAGACAUGAAGGUGAUGAGCAAGAAAAUCAAUCCAGGUCAGGUUGAGCAGAUCCUGCCAUUGCAUCAGGACAACACCGCACAAGUACACGCUGCCGUUACCGAUAUCGCACAGAGUGCCCAAGAUAUUCUGCAGUUGCGAAAACGUUUCUUUCGCUUUCAGUUAAUCCAGAACUCGGGCGUUUCGUUGGUCACGAUUGAUGGUCAGAACAUAGUUGAUCAUUUGCAUCAUUUAUCAGGGAAAUUGCGGCAGCAGGAGAAAGAAGUAAUGCAAAUGGCGGCCAUGUUUCUGUCCCGUUUGGAGUACAUGAGCAGCUUCACGCAGUUGCAUGCCCACGCUAACCAGGUCAUUGCCUGGGUGAACAAUGAAGAACAGAUGCUGAUCGCCACUUUUGCAGUACCUUCGACCCUUAACGAAGCGGAACAGUUGCAGUCGGAACACAAGCAGUUCCAGCUGGCGAUCGAGAAGACGUACGAGAGCACGCUUACAUUUCAGCAGCAGGCGGAAGUGAUGCUGUCCAAGGAACAGUGCGAUGGCGACAGUGUACGUGCGCUGGUUGAGGAGGUGAACGGUAAAUGGCGCCGCUUGAUUGCGUUGACAGAAGAAAGGCAUAAACUUCUGACUGCCGCGGUCACCUACUAUAAGACACUGGAUCAGGUACUACCUGUGUUGAACAACCUGGAAGAGGAUUACCGAACGAAUAAGGACUGGUGUUCAUGGUUCAGCGUGCAGAGCGGGGCGCAAGAAUCGAAGUCAUCGCCGCGCGCACAGGACAAACGCGCGUAUAUAUCGCAGCUAAUCAAAAAGCACAUUGACAACAAGGACCGCUUCUUGCGGGGUUGUACAUAUGCCCGCAAAAACAGCGAACUGUUUUUGAAGUACGUCCGAAGGAGUCUGCAUCAACCCCAGCAACCACCUGCCAUCAUUUGUGCCAAACAGAUCGAAAACAGGGUGAUCGAGUCGCUGGACAACUUGCAUCACAGAGAGAACCAGAUCUUGACUUUAUGGACAAAUAAAAAACGUCGCCUCGACCUGUGUCAAGAGUACGUAUUGCUGGAGGCGAGUGCGCGUAAGUUUCUGAACUGGAUCCAUGAGGAAGGCGAGACUUACUUGACCACCCACAUAAAUGCUCUCAAAGAGAAAGUGGACGAACAGCUGAUCCAAGAGCACGAGCUGUUCAUCACCAAAGCAAAGGAACAGCGGGAGUCAGUUCGGCUGUUUCUGGAACUGGCUGACCGCAUGAUCAAAAAGGACGAGGAGAAUUUCCACUUCAACGAUAUCUCAAAGUGGAUGACCGUCGUCAGACAGCAGUACACGGAAUUCUCCUCGCGCAUCGACAACUACCGUUCGAAGCUGGAUGCAGCUUUGGGUCGACCGGAAGCGGUGAGCACUCGUGAUCUUGCGCUCGACAGGCGCAGCGACCCGUCGUUGGAGUCGAAGAUCAAAGAAAGCAGGGAGUCGAAAAGAAAGUCUACCCGUCGCAAAGAGUUCAUCAUGAGCGAACUGCUGCAGACCGAGCGGGUAUACGUGAAGGAUUUGGAAACAUGCAUUAAAAGCUACAUGGAUGAGAUCGAAAAUUCACCAGACGUCCCUCAGUGCGUCAUCGAUAAGAAAGAGCUGAUCUUCUUGAACCUGCCUGAAAUCUUUCAGUUUCAUAACAAAAUAUUUUUGCAAGAACUUGAAAAGUACGAAAGUUUGCCAGAAGACGUUGGCCACUGUUUUGUCACAUGGGCUGAAAAAUUCCAGAUAUACGUCUCAUAUUGCAGGUAUAAACCGGAUUCUAACAACGUGAUGACAGUUCCAGAAGCAAGCGAAUAUUUCGAUAAACUGCAAAAGAAGCAUGGCUUAUCACUGCCCCUAUCCGCCUACCUCAUAAAACCGGUCCAGCGGAUCACCAAAUACCAGUUGUUGCUCAAGGACCUGCUUCAUUGUUGCGAGGAGGGGAAAGGCGAGAUAAAGGACGGCUUGGACGUCAUGCUAAACGUACCCAAAAAGGCCAACGACAUCAUGCAUUUGAACAUGGUCGACGGGUGUUCGGAUAUCGAUAGUCUCGGCGAAGUACUUUUGCAAGAGUUCUUUGUCGUUUGGGAUCCGCGGCAGCUUAUCAAGAAGGGUCGCGAAAGGCAAGUCUUCCUGUUCGACUUAUGCCUGCUGUUCUGCAAGAAAGUGUGCGACCAGUUGGGCAAGGUCAAGUACCUGCUGAAGUCCCGUUUGCUAACGUCAGAAAUCAACGUCACCGAACACAUAGAAGGCGACGAAUGCAAGUUUGCGACGUGGACAGGUGGAGUUCCUACUAGCGAAACGCGGACGAUAUACAAGGCUCCAUCUUUGGAUUCGAAGCUGACGUGGGUUCGUCGGCUAAGAGAAAUAAUCGGCGAAAGAAUUCUUCAUGUUGAUCUCACUUAUCUGCCACCUCGGAAGAUUUCGCUCAAAACUCAGGCGUCUUGUAGUAAUACUGAAAAUCGAAUGUCCUGCCAAAGCGAUACUGGAAGUACAACUACCGAGGAAAGCGGAGACACGGAUGUCGUCAGUUCGCUUUCAAAGCAGUCUGAGCGAUCGAUGAGCUCAGCGCGUAGCUCACUGGCCGAGAUUUACGUGGUCGUCAAAGACCACAACCCGUCUCCGACUUGUGCUGCCGCUGGCGAAAUUCUGAUCACCGCCGGCCAGCAAGUGGAGUUUAUAGAAAAGCACCCGGACCGCGGCGACCUGUGCCUUGCUCGCGUGAUCGAAGUUGAUUCCAUUGGUAAUGAGCUGUCUGUGCGCGAAGGAUACGUUCCCCUAGGUAAAUUGAAGCGAUUGUCUCGUCCAAGUGGCUCCUGCAAUGCCGACAGCUCUUCUUCAGGUACUGUUUUCGUGUUUUUGUUUUAUCGACGUGUAAAUUUAUUGUCCAUCCUUGCGUUUUGAAC